CGUGGCUGCGUAUGCGCAGACCGGACCUUUACUGUCGGCUAGGAACGCGGGGUCUGGUUGGUGGUCCGGUGGAAGUAUUGCUCCAUGAAUAAUUUAGAUGAUCCCCCGAAUUGGAACAUCCGGCCCAACUCCAGGGCUGAUGGAGGUGAUGGGAGCAAAUGGAAUUAUGCCCUGUUGGUGCCAAUGCUGGGAUUGGCAGCAUUUCGUUGGAUUUGGUCUAGGGAGUCCCAAAAAGAAAUAGAAAAAGAGAGAGAAGCAUAUCGUCAAAGAACAGCUGCUUUCCAACAGGAUCUCGAAGCCAAGUACCAUGCUGUGAUCUCAGAACAUAGGCGUGCAGUUGCUCAGCUGUCUUUGGAACUGGAAAAGGAGCAAAACAGAACAGCUAGUUUUCGAGAAGCCCUUAUCUCUCAGGGGCGCAAGCUGGCGGAAGAAAAGAAGCUUCUAGAACAGGAACGGGCUCAGAUAAGGCAAGAAAAAACCCAGCUGCAGCCUCUGAGAAGUGUGUACCUGAGUUGCCUGGAAGAAGAGAAGGACUGGCAGAAAAAAGCCCAGCUUGUGCUGAAGGAUGUGGGAGAAGCUCUCGUGGAACGCCAGAAUAUCUACUGCAGCCUGGUCCUUCCCCGUAAUUCAAGGUUAGAGCUGGAGAAGAACUUACUGGUGCGCACAUCUGUCGAUCCAGUGGCUGCUGACCUUGACAUGGCAGCUGGCUUAACCGACAUAUUUAAGAAUGAUAAGCAUUGUGGAGAUGUUUGGAACACUAACAAACGCCAAAAUGGAAGGCUCAUGUGGUUAUAUCUCAAAUAUUGGGAACUACUUGUUGAACUGAAAAAGUUUAAGAAAGUAGAAAAGGUUAUACUUGAAAAAUAGAAUGAAAUGAAACUCAAGGUCAGACUGUCACUCACCCUGGCAGAGUACAUUUUAGAACCUCCUGAUGUUUUUUUGUGUUCCCCUAUCACCUAUGUGUGGCCCAGUGCAGCCACCCUUAAUGAGAAGUCCAGACUUUCCACUCUGAACAGUGCAGUGGGCCCUUGGCAGAUAAGGUUUCUUCUGUGAUGCUCUACACUGUGAGAGAUUCGGUUUUUCUGAAACAUUUUUGAGCUGCUAAUGUUUAGCAGAACAAUACAAUAUCAUUUUAGUUAUAGAGUAAAUAUUUCAAAAGAUCAAAUAUAAUAUUAGUCAUCUAAGAAAUUUUCUGUCAAUUUUUACUGCUCCCUAAAUAAUUCCCUUUUCUUCUAAUUGUUCUUUUUUUCUUCCCUGUUUCCAUCUUGAGUCAUUUGGUAUGUGUACCACUGCCUCACAUAGGUCAAUGGUGUUAUAAAGAUUUUUUCUUGUUUGAAA